GAAUAAGGCAAUUUGGAGUAUGCAGGAAAGGACAAAAAUAAAUGUAAGGAACCGCAGAAAGAGGGGGGAGGGAGUCGAAAUUGAAAAUGUUAAAACUUGGUUAAAUAAUUGUUGCAAUGUACAGUAUAUAAAUGAAAAUUAUAAUUUAUUUUUAAAAAAGAGACGGUUGGUAAAGACACAUGGAUUUCCCUUAUAGACACUUUGCCUAGGACAGCCAGCCUAAAAUGUGCAGCCACAUGCCAAUUUUGGGCAUGCUUUCAACUCCCAAGAGACGGCAAUGAGGCCUAACAGGCCUGGCAUUUUGUGUUUUGGAAUGUUGUCCCCUCUGGAAUCCUCCACAGUACAUACAUGGAGGUCCUAUAGCAGACACACAGAAGUUCUUUGACAGACAAGUGAAAAUAGGUCCCCAGGAAACAGAAGCUUUGAAAGCCACUGAUAAGAUGCCUUAGUUUUCAACAAAGGUCUAAUAGAUCUGGGGCCAAAUCCCCCCUGAGUCUUGGAAAGAUAGUAUAUCUUGGUCUCAGCUUACGGCAGUUAGAAUAAUAGAGCUGCAAAGAUGAAAGACAGAUUGGUUUUAAAACAUUCUGCCUAAGUGAAAGUAAUCACUAGUUAAAAAAUGACUAGCAUGUAAAUACCGGUAGCUCACCUUCCUUAAUCUGUUAGUAAAGAGUAGCCUGUUAACUUUUUCUUUUAAAUAACUGGCUGGUAUAUCAAGGUGGCCAGAAGCAGAUUUUGAAAAUCAGGCGUAGCUGCUCAGCUGAAGGUGCCCUAUGUAGGGGACUUCAUGGAAGUUGGGGUGAGGGGUGGAAAUGAAAUCAGAUCCAGGCCCAUCUAAAUUUGUGCUUUUGCAGUGAGAACUUCAUAAGCAAGAAAAAGGGUGAGAGCCAUGCGGGUAUCCGAAAUGUACUGUGAACAUGAUAUUUAAAAUUCAUGUUCAUCAUGAUAAUUGACAUUUAUAAGCCACAUUUUUCUGCAUAAUGCUUGGAAAAUCUAUAUUGGUAUUCCUUGCAAGUGGUCGGUGAAGUAGGCUAGAAUUUAACUAAGUUUGUCGUUGGUAUGAGCUUUCAUGUGCAUGCACACUUCUUGAAAGCUCGUACCACACGAAAGCUCAUACCAAUGACAAACUUAGUUGGUCUCUAAGGUGCUACUGGAAGGAAUAUUUUGUUUUGACUACGCCAGACCAACACGGCUACCUACCUGUAACUAGGCUAGAAUUAUUCUAGGAUAGACUGAGAUGGGGUGGUUUUGGCCUCUUGUUUAAAUUAGAUGUGAACCAGCAAUUCAGAGCUAGCAGCCUCGGUGCCCCCACACUGUGACUUCUAUUUCGACAGCUCACGAUUACAAGUUAAUUGAAAGUGAAACGUCGAGAGGAAUUGAAAGUGAAACGUCGAGAGGGAGGCAGCUCCUUUUAUAACGCGCGCGCUUCCCUCCCCCCCCUCGCGCUUUCUUUUCCGAGCAAAAUCUCGACUGUUGAUUGGCUACCCAGUUUGUAGACGGACUUCGCGGUGUGCAUGUGUGCAUGCAUAAGUGCAGCGCGUGGUGAGAUCCGCACGUCGCGAUCUUGGGGCGUUCUUGAAGUUGCCUGCGCGUUCUAGAACCUGCAAGAUCUCUGGCAUCUCUCUUGUUUGCAUGGCGCUGCUCCGUUUCCUCCCCCGCGCUUGCAGGUUUCAGCUGCUUGGGGUGAAAUGAGGUCGGAGCCUGAGGGCGGGGCCAGCCUGGCUGCUGUGCGCGUGUACACUUGGCCCGGAUUAAAAGAGGGCAGCGGCUGCUUAUCCUCCUCCUCCUUUUUGCUCCUCCUCCUCGUCUUCUUCUUUGUGGCGUUGCAUCGCCCGUGGGAUCCCGGGAGCGCCAUAUGGAAAACGACCCCGAGCUGCUUGAGCAGGAGUUCACAGCUCGAAAGCAUCUCCUCUGCAAUCCACUGUCUUUAUGAUCACUGGAUCUCUCCCCUGCUUCUGCCCCUCCCAGAUGGAAACGGAGCUACCUGCCCUUUUGUGCAAGCAAGGAAGCUGGCAUAAGAUAACCAAGUUUACUUGAGGUUUCUACGGAAGAGAGAAUGAUGUGGAAGACAUUGCUGAUGCUGGAGCUGGGGGGAGCAGGGGGCCGUGCCCCCUGUGCUCUCCCCUCCUUCCCCUCGGUCCUGCGGUACCGGUCCUCUUCGGCCAUUGACCAGCACCACGAACUGGCCCGCGAGCGAUCCAAGACCGUUACCUCCUUCUACAACCAGUCGGCCAUUGACAUCGCGGCCGAGAAGCCCUCUGUGAGGUUGACUCCAACCACCAUGUUGUAUUCUGGACGGUCCCAAGAUGGGAGCCACCUGCUGAAAAGCGCCCGCUACCUGCACCACGAACUCCCCGUCCGCAUUGCUCAUCGCAUCAAAGGCUUUCGGAGUCUCCCCUUCAUUAUUGGGUGCAACCCCACCAUCCUUCAUGUGCACGAGCUUUACAUCCGAGCAUUCCAGAAACUGAGCGAAUUUCCCCCGAUCAAGGACCAAGAGUCGGAGGCCCAGUAUUGCAAACUGGUCCGGCAGCUCCUAGACGACCACAAGGACGUGGUGACGUUGCUGGCCGAGGGCUUGCGGGAAUGUCGGAAGCACAUACAGGAUGAGAAGCUGAUCCGUUCCUUCCUGGACAAGACCCUCACCUCUCGCCUGGGCAUCCGGAUGUUGGCCACUCAUCAUCUUGCCUUGCAUGAAGACAAGCCAGACUUUGUUGGGAUCAUCUGCACCCGCUUGUCUCCAAAGAAAAUAAUUGAGAAAUGGGUAGAUUUUGCCAGGCGCCUCUGUGAGCACAAGUACGGGAAUGCGCCUCGGGUGCGGAUCAACGGCCACGUGGCUGCCCGCUUCCCUUUUAUCCCGAUGCCUCUUGACUACAUCCUUCCAGAGCUGCUCAAGAAUGCCAUGAGAGCCACGAUGGAGUCUCACUUGGAUACCCCUUACAACGUGCCAGAUAUCAUCAUCACCAUUGCCAACAAUGACAUUGACCUGAUCAUACGGAUUUCAGACCGAGGUGCCGGAAUUCCUCAUGACCACGUUGAGAAGGUGUCAGAUUACCACUUCACCACAGCAGAAGCGAGCGCCCAGGACCCCCGCAUGAACACCCUCUUUGGGAACAUGGUGGAAAUGGGGAACAGCGCCCAGUCGGGACCCAUGCAUGGGUUUGGAUUUGGACUCCCGACCUCUCGUGCUUAUGCCGAGUAUCUGGGUGGCUCCCUGACCCUCCAGUCUAUGCAGGGGAUCGGCACUGAUGUGUACCUGCGCCUCAAGCACAUUGAUGGCAAAGAGGAGAGCUUCCGCAUCUAGAGAUCCCCUCUCUCGUCGUGUGGGCUGAACCUCACUUGGCUGCAGGAGGAUGUUUCAGCACAUAACACCAAACCUAAUUCCCCAUGGAUCUGCUUGUUCUCCUAUGGAUUCCUACGAAUGUGCUAUGCUAUCCUACUGAAGCUGAGAAAAUAGUUGAGGUAGUUUCCUUCUUCCUGUGCAAUUGCUGACGGGACGUCAUCAUCCACUUACUGCUGGUUAUUCCAGUCCUUUCGCGAUGGGUGGGCGUGCUCUGUGGUUAACGACAGAUCUCUCGAAUCCAGAUUUACUGGGACAGCCUGUGGACAUCUUUCAUCCUCCCCCCCCAUUUGAAAACUUCUGAAGCCAUCAAACAACUGUUGUAUACAGCCAGCUCGUCCAGGCUCUUGUGCGGCUUAAGUUUUCUCUGUUUCUUCUCGUGGAUACAAAGAUUGGGUGAGCCGGAAGCUUUUACUGUCGCAUGUACUGAUUCUCAUUUGGCCCUCUCGGGCCGUUCUUGAACUCGCAGGAAAUACUUUCCUUGCAGCACCUGGCGCCAAAAGAAAAUCCCCCUUACAUCGGCCAGGGGAGGAGUUUUUAUUGCACCCUCUUUGGGGGAACCAAAAGCAAGACAGCGGUCUUCAGCCGGGGAAGACUUUCUCCAUUGCACAAGCACCAAAAACACCCCCUUCACCUGGAGAGGAAAAGACUUUCACAACACCAAGUUGCCACCUUUGCCGCAAAUGGUGUGGGAUUACAGAAUGUUCUUCCCCUUCGCUGCACAAUGAUGUAUUAUUUCCGUCCUCCCUCUCUCCACUCGAUCUUUCCGUUACCAUCAACUUUUUUAUAAAAGAAAAAAAAUCAGGACGAAGGGUUUCCCUCUGCCCUCAUCACUGUGUUGGAGGGAUUUUUAUUUUAUUUUUUUGCUGUGAUACUCCAAUAAAAAGUGCAAAUUCCCAAGUCUA